AUGUCAGACAACCUCAUCGUCAGAGGCGUAGCAGGCACCUGCAUCACCUUCUCCUUCAUCCUUGCUGGAAAUGCGAUCACACAGUCGUUCAUGACAGUCCCAGCGCUGCUCGUCAACUUCCCUCCCCCAAGCUCGCCUGAGCACAAGGAGCGCGCACAACUUCUCGGCCGCCAAUGGCCUCUCUGUUGGACGGUCGGCAACCAGUUUUUCCGCCCGAUUUCCACUCUUGGCUUCUUGGGCUAUGCGUAUGCAGGAUACGCUACCUACAAGCAAGGAGUUCUCGCUCGCAAUGAUUGGAAAUUGUUCGCCGUCGCAGCUGCCAUGCAUCUGAUGACCAUUGUUCACUCGGCGAAGAAUAUGCAGCCUCUGAACGACAAGCUAGAGGCACUCGCCGGACGUGCGAGUGACACAGAGUUGAAAGAGGCAGAGACUGUUGCGAAGAAGUGGGCGAGCUGGAACAGGCUGAGGCUGGUGACCCCGGUCAUUGCCGGAAGCUUGGCCUUGUACCAGUUGCUCGCAUAG